GUACUCUCUUCUUGACGAAGGGCCCCCUGGUUUAUAGCGCGUACGUCCGCAGACCCUGUGGUUCUCUCUCUCGUGCCCCCAAUGUGGCGAUGUCCUAUUACGGGGGUACCCUGACGGGACUGGCAUUGAUGGAAAAUGAGGGGGUCGACUCGUGCCUAUACGUGGGCUCUCAGGACGGGAAGCUUUUCGAAGUGCAGUUGAACAGGUCUCCAAGAGACUGUGCACUAGAAGCAGAACCAAGCACAGUAGUAGAACCAAGCACAGCAGCAGAGCCAAUCACAGUAUCACAAUCAAGCACAGUAGCAGAGCCAAUCACCGGGGCAGAACGAAGCACAGCAGCAGAGCCAAGCACAGUAGUAGAACCAAGCACAGCAGUAGAACCAAGCACAGCAGCAAAGCCAAUCACAGUAUCACAACCAAGCAAAGUAGCACAGCCAAUUACAGUAGCAGAACCGAACAACGCCCCUGCAUCUUCUGGAGGUGGCCCUCUUGGAGGGGCUCUCAUCGCGGCUCUGUUAGCAAUUGCGGUGGGCGUGGUAGCCGUGGCAAUCAUUGGCAGCUUGAUUCGCCUUUGGCGCCGACGACGAGCAGGUCUGGAGCGUGCCGUCCUACUCGAUGAACGACGGCCUUCAUCUAUGGAGAGAGGUGGAGCGUUGGACACGUGGGGAAUUAUGCCGUCCCGGGUCAAGCAGUUGCCUUUCACAAUCCUGUCGGAAUGUACGGACAAAUUCAGCGAGGGUCGAAGAAUCGGGGAGAGAGGAGCGUUUGGGAAGGUUUACAGAGGCUCGCUCGACGGCAAGAAGGUCGCGAUAAAGCUGAUGACGGGCGAGCUGACGGACAUCAAACGGAGCCAGUUUGUGGCCGAGGUGAACACCGUCAGCGGCCUCAAUCAUGCUAACCUUGUACAACUAGAGCGCAUGAGCAUCGCCUUCCAGGUUGCCAAGGGGCUCUGCUACCUUCACGUCGCCGCCAGGCCCCCGAUUAUCCAUCGGGACAUCAAGAGCAGCAACAUUAUGCUCGGCGAGGGAUCUGGCGAGAAGCUUCACAUCGUCGUUGCGGAUUUCGGAUUAGCGGCCAUCGGCGAGAGGGUAUUAGACACAGGACAUGACCACGUCGUGCUGACCUCUCACAUCGGCGGCACUUUCGGGUAUAUGUCGCCCGAGUACAUGCUGAGAGGAGAGCUGUCCGAAAAGAACGAUGUGUACUCUUACGGGGUACUCGUUCUGGAGCUCUUGACGGGCAGGAAGGUGGUCGCGCCGGCUCCUUCCGGGUUGGGAUGGCAGACGCUCGUCGAGUGGGUGAAGCCUUUCCUUCAAGGGGGAGUCGUCCCGAGCGGGAGCAUGGAGAUGCCGUACCCGAUACUUGAUCGGCGCUUGUGGGAUCAGGUGGCUGGAGAGUCGAUGAAGAAGAUGGUGAUGAGCGUAUUUCAACCGGCUUGGGAAUGUGUCCAAGACGAGUAUGGGUCCAGACCCGCCAUGAGAGAAAUCAUUCAGCGCAUUCACAAUAUGUUCCUGGAAGUGGGCUGGGAUGGCCUGACGGUGAUGAUGGGGGACCUAGAAAACGAUGUGGAUGAUGGUGCAGAACGGCCACACGACGUCUCAGGGGACGAUGACAGCAAGUUUAGAGCGGCUCCGAGUAUGUUUCCUAAUCAAACCAGCUAUUGAAGACUGCCGCUCUCUCUCUCUCUCUCUCUCUCUCUCUCUCUCUCUC